UCAUCACAUUUUGUGAUGUUUUUGCAGAAGAUGCCGUGAUAAAAAGUAGUUUAACGUUUGUGAUAGAUGAUACUGCUUCUAUGUGGGAUGAAAUAAAGCAAGUGAAAGAUGAAGUUAAUAUUAUAUUCGAGAAAGUGCUAAGUUCAAAGGCAUCGCAGAUAGAAAAUUUUGUGCUCGUCACUUUCAAUGAUCCAGCCGUUCAUCAGCUUACUGUCACCAGAGAUCGAGAUGAAUUUAAACGAGCAUUGUCAUCAAUAAAUGUUCACGGGGGUGGGGAUUGUCCAGAAGCUGCAAUGGAAGGCAUUAGCUUAGCACUUAAAAUAAGUAUGCCCGCCUCAUAUUUGUAUAUUUUUACUGACGCAUCAGCCAAGGAUUAUCGAAAAUAUGAACAGGUCAAGAGUCUUUCACAAAAGAUGCAGAGUCAGAUCGUUUUUAUAUUGACUGGCGAAUGCUCUGAUAGAAGCGGACCUGAUUAUGAAGUGUUUCACAAAUUGGCCGAUGCGACAUCUGGUCAAGUUUUCCACAUGAUGAAAGACGACGUGAAAGAUAUAUUAAAAUAUAUCGAGGAGUCUAUUACAGGGAUAGGAAGCAAAAUUGUUGACACAAAACUUCCACCUGGCUAUGAUAAAAAUUUUACAUAUUUUGUCGACUCUCACACUGGAGACGUACUGAUAGCUUUAACUGGAAGAAUACCCAAAAUUGGAGAUGUAAUUGGUCCUGAUGGAAGUCGGCCUGAAACAACACACAUAGUAGCAGGAAAAUCCGAAAUGGCGGUCAUGAAGGUGACAGGUGCAAAGCCAGGAAAACACGUUGUGUCUGGCGGAAGUAUGUCCGAAACGCAUGCAGUCGUGACUGCAGAAAGCACAAUCAAUUUUCAACUCGGCUUUAACGUGUUUAAACCAAAAUCCAGCAAAGACAUCGUUACAAGACCGCCGCCAAAAGGAAACGUUUUCAUGGGUGUCAAGUUGCUCGGGUCAGGUGUGAAACUGGAGACAGUCAAAAUACUUGGAAUGAGCGAUGAAGUUAUUAAAGAACUAAAAUUGGAACUACUCGAUGAAAAAGCGCAGUUCUAUGUGACGCCGUUAUUCGACCCGCCGUCUACUAUGUUUCGUGUUACUGUUAACGGAUAUGACAUUAAUACUAAAACACCAGUGACGAGGAGAAGUCCAACACCUAUAUCAAGACAAGAUUUGUCUACAGAUUCUACUGUGAAAGUAGACACAGCACCGAAAGUAAUGAUUGAAGGUGACAAGUCAGUGACCCUUUACGUUGACGAUCCAUUAGAACUGACUUGUAAAGUUCACGCUUAUCCUGAACCAGAAAUAACAUGGGAAGAUAGGGACUAUGGAAUCGUUAUGCCUGCAGAGACGAACAUAGUCGAGGUACCCUAUGACUAUGUCAGUGUUUUAAAAAUAUCUAACGCAAACAGAAAUACUACUUACCAAUGCAAAGCUAACAAUCGCAAUGGACACGACGGUCAAGGUGUAGAAGUUAUAGCAAAAAGAAAAUUCUACUUUGAAGUAAUUGAUUCUCCUAAAGAUACUGGCAUAAAAUAUCAAAAAGAAGGUAAACUUACAUGCAAAAUAGAUGCCUACCCAUCUGCGACUAUAAGUUGGUAUAAAGAUGCAAAGCCUUUGUCCAGUAGUAGUCGUAUUGAAAUGUCCAAAGAUAAUUCAGUGGUGACCUUGAAAGACAUGCAACCGGGGAUGGAAGGAAAGUACAUGUGUGAAGCAAGGAAUGAUAUAGACAGAAAAGUAUUCUAUUCCAACGUCGAGAUAUUUGGCGUAGAGAAACCCGUUAUCGAUAAGUCAGUUGACGAGAUCAAUGUCACAGAAAAAACAAAUGGCAAAUUGACUUGUAGAAUUCUUAAAGGGAUCCCAAAACCUACUAUAGUCUGGUCUUUCCGAGGUUCGAAAGGUAAAAAAGAGUACUUGAAAGAAAAAGGUGAGAUCAUACAGUUGAAAAAUGCUAAAAAACACCAAAGUGGUGUGUACAUGUGUACAGCGAUAAAUGUCCUGGGAGCAGAUUAUCACGAAAUAGAAGUUAUAAUAGAAUAUCCACCACAUAUAAAAAGGGAUGUAAAGGAAAUGAAGAUUGUAGAUGGCGAUGAAGUAAAGUUGAUGUGUGACGUCGAUGGAGUGCCAGCGCCAAUGGUAUACUGGACAUUCAAUAAUACCAAAGUAACAAGUACUACGAGAACUCGAAUUACUGCCGAUUACAGUUUAAUAAUCAAAACCACUUUAGGUGACACUGGAUAUUACGCUUGCCAUGCAGAAAAUAAGCUUGGAAAAGAUGAAAGAAAAAUAUUCCUACAAGUAUAUGUUCCAGUAUCCAUUGAGAAACCAAAAUCGACCGUAGUGGAGACCAUGGUUGGUAAUAAUAAGUUGCUAAACUGUAGAGCCGAUGGGUACCCUCAACCAGACAUAAAAUGGACUUUCCAUAAAAGUCUUGGUGCUCCUGGUGAAGAUGUUACGUCUUCUAAACACCCUUCACUACUGCUACAGAAACUGCAGCUGAAGCAACAAGGUUUUUAUAUGUGCCACGCUGAAAAUAAAAUUAGUGGUGCAGCAAAUAUUACUUAUGAAGUGAAAGUAUAUGCUCCACCGGUCAUAGAAAAUGUGUAUCCAAGUAAAUAUUUUGAAGCGAUUGAUGGAGAUAUGCUGCUUAAAAUUCAGUGCAAAGCUACGGGCAGCCCUACACCCACCAUUACCUGGCAGAAAAGCGGUCAAAAAUUGGCUAUGGGUACUGGUUGGUAUGACAUGGAAGAUGAUGGUACAUUGCUCAUCAAAAACAUAGACCGUGCUGCAGAAGGUACAUACUUAUGUUUGGCAGAAAAUUCUGUUGGCAAUGCUAGUGACUACUAUGAAGUGAUUGUUAAAGAUUUAUUAACCGUAAUACCCUCAAAAACUUUGUAUGUACCGGAAGGCGAGUCCAUUAGUAUCAAAUGCGAAAUACCACAUGGAGCUACGGAUCAAUUGCGUUGGUUUAAGGAUGGAAAAGUGCGGAUAGAACGAGAUGAAAUCUAUUUAUACAGGGCAACACGGAGUGACGACGGGGUGUAUACUUGUCGGGUGUCCAAUUUCCUCAAAACACGUUCUAUAGCAACUAAACUAGUGGUCGGAUUCAAACCUAUAUUCAGUAGCGAAGCCGAGGAAACAAUAGAAUUUGUCCUCGGAUCAGAUCUUACGUUACUUAAUUGUGAAGCUUAUGGCGAACCAACACCCAAGCACGCGAAAUGGACUCAUGACGGAGUAUUUAUGGAGGUAACUACCAUGUCCUAUGUGUUAGGUAUGGAAUUAGGAGCUACAGGAAUUUAUGAAUGUGAAGUCAGCAAUAAAUUUGGGAGCAUUCGUCGAUCAUUUAAUGUUACGUCCAGAGAUUGUUUAUUGGACAUAAAAAAAACUUUCACAGGAAAACAUCCUAUUAUGUUUUCAACGUCUAGUGGCUGGUCUGUGUUCCCAAUAACCGACAACUACAUGAUAAUACCACAUAAAAGUCACUUUUAUAUGAGAUGCCCAUCAGGAUUCGUCAACCCCGAACUUUCACUAAAUUCCAACAUUAUGCCGUAUUGUGAACGUGACGACAUAGUAAAAAUAGCAGGAAAUUUCUAUAAAUUCGGAGAUUUAAAAUGCAAUAAAGAAGCAAAACCAAACUUUGAAGACACAGAAGAACAAUGUUUUGGUGAUAAUACAGAGUACGUGAAAUUAGGGUUUAGACCAAGCAGUAACAAUAAUUAUGUCGUGGAGGUAUAUCGCGUUUGUUUUGACAAAGUGAAUGAUGUCCCUUUGUUUACUAUGCAUCAACUGUCUCCGCACCACACUGAUAUCCCUUCAACGUCUCAAUGGUACAGCUCUUCUGAUACAUCGACUGAAGACUUUGAAGAAUUGUACAAUUGUAGAAGGCAACUGUACGAUGUUAGCAUGGCUCUUGGGAGAGGGUUACGAUCUGCUUCUUGCUGUUUUGGUAAAAGACAUCUCGUGAACCCACGGGAUUUGCUUCCAGGAAUACCAGUAACUGUAUCAUUUGAGUAUAAAAAUAUAGUUCCACAUUGGAGUACUUGUAAUUCAAAGAAUUGGGACGAUUUGGAAAUAUUGGUAAGGAAGCUGGUUAAAAAAGCGGGCCGUGACCUAAUCGUAUUUACAGGCACAUCAAACGUCCAUCAUGGUAAAUUGUCGGUUGAUAUAAAUAUUAACAAUGGCAGAGAAAGAAAACAAACAAUUCCACCAUACUUGUGGAAGGUGGUUCAAGACCGAGCGUCGGAUUCGUCUAUUGCGAUAGUACAAGUGAAUAUACCAGAAUUGACUAGAGAAGAAGCAAGGAAACAUGUUCUGUGUACAGAUAUUUGUGAUAACAUCGACUGGAUUGCCGGCCCAGAAUGGAAUGAUGUAGAUAGAGGCUACACCUAUUGCUGUAGUAUGAAAGAAUUCGAAAAGGCUUUCGGUUACACUCGGCCUAUCACUAGUAUGAAACGAGUCCUCUUCGAUGCUAGUUUGACUCCCGAUUCAUUUUUGAUUUUGUAAUGAUUUUGGAAAUAAUAUAGUAGUAUACUUAUAUGUCCUGUUGAAUUUUAUAGUAAAAGUAGUAAAAAAAGUAUUCUAAAUUAUUUAUAAAGGUAUUCUGUAUUGCAAAAUCCCGGUUCUUAGGCUCGAAGAUGCACUUACGACAUGCGACAGCACCAAUGUUAUCAAAGAAACUUGGAAUAUUAUUAAUGGUGAGACAGGAAAGUCUGAAAAGAAAGUUAGUCAAUUUAGUCUUGUAAUUGAAAAUAAGAUAUUAAAAAUAGAUGUAGAAAUUGCAACUGCUUUUGAAGACUUCUUUUCUGACAUUCCUGUAUUCACUACUAAGUUACUAUCUCACACUGUUGCAGAAUCUUUACUUAGGGAACAUGGUGUAGCUUGCAACUCAGAUUUACCUUCAAACACAUAUAUAGGUAUAACAAAGACAUUGUUAAAACCUUUAAUACUUUAAAUAUGAAAAAGACUGCAGAUCUAUGGGCUAAUUCUGUAUAUGUUACAAUCUCCGUAAUAGCUAUUGUAGCAUCUCUAUUAGCUCAAAUCUUUAAUAAUUGCGUUGACCGUGGUGUGU